AAAAUGUAACAUAAGAAAACAAAACAAAAGCAGAAAAGCAAAGCAUCCCCCAUUUUCAUCUUUCACCACCUUUCUCUCUUGAACAUUCAAGAACCCCCCAAAUAAAUCAAACUCAUCUCCCUGAUUUCCCAGAUGGGUUUCUUUCUAUUCACCAUCGCAAUCCUCGCCACUCUUUCAUCUAUCACAGAAGUGGACUCAACAUCGUUUAGAAUAGUUAACCAGUGUAGAUACACUGUCUGGCCGGGAAUUCUCACCGGCGCCGACCGGCCCGUCAUAAACCCCACAGGGUUUGCUCUAAAACCCGGAAAAUCGAAAACCAUACCCGCCCCGAAUUCUUGGUCGGGUCGGAUCUGGGGUCGGACCCUUUGCUCCACUGAUCGGACUGGCAAGUUCGCUUGCCUCACCGCCGACUGUGGCUCCGGUAAAGUCGAGUGUCUCGGCAGUGGGGCCAUCCCUCCUGCUAGUCUUGCUGAGUUCACUCUUAAUGGUGACUCGGGUCUUGACUUUUAUGAUGUCAGCUUGGUUGAUGGGUAUAAUUUGCCGAUGCUGGUGGUUGCCAAAGGGGGGAAGAGUGGGGGGUGUGCUUCGACAGGGUGUUUGGCUGAUUUGAACAAUGGGUGUCCGAUUGAGUUGAGGGUUUCGAGUGGGAAGAGAGGUGUGGCCUGUAAGAGUGCUUGUGAGGCUUUUGGCGAUCCCAUGUUUUGUUGUAGUGAGGGGUUCAAUACUCCCGAUACUUGUAGACCUUCGGUUUAUGCUCAGUAUUUUAAACAUGCUUGUCCGAGAUCUUAUAGUUAUGCUUAUGAUGAUAAGACCAGUACUUUUACUUGUCGUGGUGCUGAUUAUAUGAUCAUCUUUUGCCCGAAGCCUCACACAAGUCAAAAGUUACUGGGAAGAAGAAAGGAAGUCGCUGAUCUGCCAUUGAUCAACCAAACCAUGAUGUCCAUUGGAAGGCGUCAUGCAAAAGGGUAAUAUACCAUCAUGUGUGAUCGAGAUGUGGCUAUAUUCUGCAAGACGGAACCCCCAAUGCUGGACUAGUUCUCUAAUUCAUUCACCUAAUUUGGUGACUGUAUUUCCUUUUUCUUGUACAUAUAUCUUCCUUUCUUGUACUUUCUAGCAUAUCUUUCCAUAUAGUUGGAUGCUCUUUGAUGGAGAAGGAGAAUAUACAGUGACGUGUUGCAUUUGACAAGUUUUGAGAGUGUUGCUGGAUUACAAAGAGACAUGAUUGUUUCUCCGCCACCUGCCUCGCAGGCUGCAGCAUAUUAAAUUGAUAGAGAUGUUGCAAUUAAUUAUGGAUAUUAAAACCAUCUGCCAUGGAAUGAGCAGUUUGUGAAAUUGAUCGUAGAUCGUGUUCUGGCUUC